AAAGAUGGCAUUUAAGUCCCCGAAGAAGGUCAACGAGAACCAUAAAGUGAGAGCUGCAGCUGCAAGAGCGAGGAGGAGACCAACUCCAAGCCUUUGCACGGUGCAAACUAAGACAGAACGGCAGGGGAAAACAACAACUCUUGCAGACAGAGAGAGAGAGAGAGAGACUCGAGUGCACGGAGCGGGGUUUGCAGAGAGAGGCAGCCAGCAGCCGGGGAGAGCCGAGCCAAGCCCUUCCCCUGUCCUCCCCUCUCCUUCCUCUGCCUGGGACUGACUGGGCCGCGGCUCGCCUUGAGCGGCAGCAUCAGCUGAGCGCGCGGAUCACGUGCGCGGCGUGUCGAAGGUCGCGGCGCGGCUCACAAUGGAGCUGGCGGAGGCGGCACAGAGCGGCUUGCGGCGCUUGGCCGACCCGGGCUGCUUCUCCGCCCGCGCCUACGCCGCCCUGCUGCAGGCCGCCUUCCGGAGCCUGCUGAGCGGCCAGGCCCACCACCAGGCCGCGCUCGAUCAUCCAGACUUGGAACACAUUGACCCAGCAGUGUUAAAAUUUUGCCACGCAGCAGCGGCAACUUGUAUAGUGGAAGCUGGAAAACACAGAGCUGAGAGAGCUGUCAUAAGCACUUACCUAGAAGACUGUAAGUUUGACAGAGAAAGAAUUGAACAGUUUUGCACCGAAUAUCAGAAAAAUAAAGAUUCCUUGGAAAUCUUAUUGGGAAGUGUAGGCAGAUGUCCACUGCAUAUAACGGAUGUUUCUUGGCGUCUGGAAUAUCAAAUAAAGACUAAUCAGCUUCAUAAAAAUUAUCAUCCUGCUUAUCUGAUGACCUUAAACGUAGAGGGCAGUGACUCCAGAUCUCACCCGGACCUUAAUUUUAGUUGUUCUAUGGAGCAAUUACAGGAUUUAGUUGGGAAACUUAAAGAUGCAGCUAAAAGCUUGGAGAGGACAACUCAGCUGUAACUGCAGUCCCCAGCGGCCUUGUAAAUACAAGAAGAAUUUCCUAUAUCUAAUUGCCUGUAUCUAAUAGUUACUUCUUUGAAUAUAAGAAACCUCUUGUUCUGUGUUUAUUUGAUGGAAUUUUGGGCAUUCCAAACCAGAUGGUUGAAAUGGAAUUCUGACUUUCUAGACAGUAUUGCAAUUUUAAUGCAUAGAAGAGAUUGCAACAUUUUGUCAAAGAGAUGUCCUCCGGAGAUGUGUAAUCGUUUGAUGUUCAGAUAACUUUACCCAUGCUAAAUAACCAUCUUGCUGUCCCUUGGAACAAGCCUUUGAUCUAUUUCUAAUGUCUAAUAAAUAAAAAACGUGUCAGCCAA